CGGUUCAUUCAUGUUGACCCGGCUCGUCUGAACUGUUCCAAACGUGUAGAACAUGUGUGAUUUAUUUACUUGUAUUUCUUCGUCGUAAUACGUGAAUGUGAUGACAACAUGGGGAAGUUGACGAACAGGGGAAGGGCAGAUGUCUAUGAGGAAUAUGAUGCGAGGAAAUUGGGGGAACCCAUCAAACCAGUUGAAGAUAAAUGGAAGCUGGUUCCGUCAUUUUUGAAAGUGAAAGGACUUGUUAAACAACAUGUUGACUCCUUCAAUUACUUUGUCAAUGUAGACAUCAAAAAGAUUGUUCAAGCUAAUGAAAAAGUUCUCAGUGAUGUCAGUCCAACAUUUUACCUCAAAUACACCAAUGUCUAUGUUGGCAAGCCAAAUGUGGAGGAAGGCUUUGACACUAUCAAGUUCACUACACCUCAUGAGUGUCGUCUCCGAGAUUUGAAUUACUCUGCUCCUAUUAUAGUUGAUGUUGAAUACACUAGAGGUACCCAACGAGUUGUCAAAAAAGAUGUAAUAAUUGGAAGAAUGCCAAUUAUGUUACGGAGUUCUCAUUGUGUUUUAACUGGAAAAUCUGAACAUGAAUUAGCGAAAAUGAAUGAAUGUCCCCAUGACCCUGGUGGUUAUUUUGUAGUUCGCGGUCAAGAAAGGGUUAUUUUGAUUCAAGAGCAGUUAUCUCGUAAUCGUAUGAUUGUUGAAGAUGACAGAAAAGGUGGUAUCCAGUGUCAGGUAACAAGUUCAACUCACGAUAAGAAGUCUCGCACAAAUAUUAUUGCCAAAAAUGGCAAGUACUACAUGAAACACAACACCUUUCAAGAUGAUUUGCCUAUUGUCAUUGUGUUUAAAGCUAUGGGUAUGGUAAGUGAUCAAGAAAUUGUUCAAAUGAUUGGAACUGAAGAAGAAGUCUUGGAACGCUUUGCCCCAUCAUUGGAAGAAUGUCUGAAAAACAAUAUUUUUACUCAGCUUCAAGCACUUAAGUUCCUUGGUGCAAAACUCCGACAAAAGCGCUUUUUCAGUGCUGCUUCUAAGGCUAAAUCCCCUAUGGAUGAAGUCAGAGAACUUCUUGCUACAACCAUAUUAGCUCAUGUUCCAGUGAAAAGCUUCAAUUUCAAAUUAAAAGCCACAUAUAUGGCCCUAAUGAUCAGAAGAGUUAUACAAGCACAAAAAAAUUCCAAGCUCGUUGAUGAUCGAGACUAUUAUGGCAAUAAAAGAUUGGAGCUUGCUGGUUCAUUGCUCUCACUUAUGUUUGAGGAUUUGUUCAAGCGCUUUAACUUUGAGUUGAAGACUAUUGCUGACAAAAAUAUCCCCAAAAUUAAAGCCGCUCAGUUUGACAUAGUUCUUCACAUGAGACAGGAUCAGAUUGCCAAUGGAUUAGCCCAUGCCAUCUCAACUGGCAAUUGGACCAUAAAGAGAUUCAAGAUGGAACGUCAAGGUGUCACUCAAGUGUUAUCAAGGCUCUCAUACAUAUCUGCUCUUGGUAUGAUGACUAGAGUUAAUUCUCAGUUUGAAAAAUCCCGUAAAGUGUCAGGCCCAAGAUCAUUACAGCCGAGUCAGUGGGGCAUGUUGUGUCCAUCAGACACUCCUGAAGGUGAGGCGUGUGGUUUGGUUAAGAACUUAGCUCUAAUGACGCACAUUACAACCGAAGUAGAAGAGGGGCCAAUUGUUCGUCUAGCAUAUAAUGUGGGAGUGGAAGAUGUAAGUCUCCUUGGAGGGGAUGAAAUCAAUGGUCCACAGGUUUACAUGGUUUUCUUGAAUGGUAAUAUUCUUGGUGUGUGUAGAGACUAUGUCAGACUUGUCCGGGUUUUCCGUAUGAUGAGAAGAGGCGGUUACAUAAGUGGCUUCAUAUCUAUCUAUCCUCAACACCAACAUUCUUGUGUGUAUAUCAGUUCUGAUGGUGGUAGAUUAUGUCGACCUUAUAUAAUUGUUGAGAAUGGUCGACCAUUAGUCCACCAACGCCACAUAGAUGAAUUAGUUCAAGGCUUGAGAAAUUUUGAAGAUUUUCUUAAUGAUGGUCUCAUUGAGUAUUUGGAUGUAAAUGAAGAAAAUGACAGUUAUAUUGCUUUGACUGAAGAUCAAAUUGAAUUAAAUGUAACCACUCAUCUUGAAAUUGAGGCCUUCACACUUUUAGGAGUUUGUGCAGGAUUAGUUCCCUACCCUCAUCAUAAUCAAAGUCCACGAAAUACUUAUCAGUGUGCCAUGGGUAAACAAGCUAUGGGAACAAUUGGAUACAAUCAGCGUAACAGAAUAGAUACUUUGUUGUACAAUUUGGUCUAUCCACAAGCCCCAAUGGUAAAAUCAAGAACAAUAGAGCUAACAAAUUUUGAUAAAUUACCUGCUGGUCAAAAUGCAACAGUUGCUGUAAUGAGUUAUUCAGGAUAUGAUAUUGAAGAUGCACUGAUCUUGAACAAGGCAUCUAUUGACAGAGGCUAUGGCAGAUGUUUAGUUUAUCGUAAUUCAAAGUGUACUAUGAAGCGAUAUGCAAAUCAAACCUUUGAUAGAAUUUUGGGCCCAUUAGUUGAUGCAGACACAAAAAAGCCAAUUUGGAGACAUGAUAUUUUGGAUGUUGAUGGCAUAGCUGCUCCAGGAGAGAUGGUUCAAGAUAGACAGACACUAGUUAACAAGUCUAUGCCUACAGUAAGUGCAAGUAGACCCAAAGAACCAGUUCAGCCUGAGUAUCGGGAUGUCCCUGUAUCUUACAAAGGAACUGUACCAUCUUAUAUUGAAAAAGUUAUGGUAUCUUCUAACACUGAAGAGUCCUUUUUGAUUAAGCUCCUGUUGAGACAAACUAGAAGGCCUGAAAUAGGUGAUAAGUUCAGUAGUCGUCAUGGUCAGAAAGGUGUUACAGGUCUAAUUGUGGAACAGGAAGAUAUGCCCUUCAAUGAUAAAGGGAUAUGCCCCGAUAUGAUUAUGAACCCCCAUGGUUUUCCUUCUCGUAUGACAGUUGGCAAACUAAUUGAAUUACUUGCUGGAAAAGCAGGAUUGAUGGAAGGAAAAUUCCAUUAUGGAACAGCUUUUGGCGGAUCUAAAGUAAAGGAUGUAUGUGAAGAAUUGGUCAAACAUGGAUUCAACUACCAAGGCAAAGACUUUUUCUACUCAGGAAUAACAGGAGAACCACUUCAAGCAUACAUAUAUUCUGGUCCGGUUUACUAUCAAAAAUUGAAACACAUGGUUCAAGAUAAAAUGCAUGCACGCUCCAGGGGACCAAGAGCAGUGCUUACACGACAACCUACUGAGGGACGAAGUCGCGAGGGAGGUUUACGACUUGGAGAGAUGGAAAGAGAUUGUUUGAUCGGUUAUGGUGCCAGUAUGAUGCUUGUGGAAAGAUUGAUGGUUUCAAGUGAUGCUUUCCAGGUUGAUGUGUGUAACAUUUGCGGUCUACUAGCAUAUUCAGGCUGGUGCCACAGUUGUCAAAGCUCAGCCUCAGUAUCCACAAUCAAUAUUCCUUAUGCUUGUAAGUUGUUGUUCCAAGAAUUACAAUCUAUGAACAUUGUUCCUAGACUUACAUUAACUAACUAUUGUGAAUAAUUAACUGUAUAAAAAAAUAUAUUCAUCAACUGACAA